AUGCGUGGCGCGCUGGCUUGGGCAUCGGUCUGCAUUCUCGCUGUUCUGUGCGGCACAUUCCUUGCACCAACGGCAUUCGGUCGGAAAGCAUGUCCAGAGGGCUGCCAUAAAUUUGGAACUUGCAACGAGGAGCUCGGCAGAUGCGAUUGUCCAUGGAACUACACGGGCCCUUCAUGCACCAUAGCCUAUCGCGGCUUCUGCGUCAAACGUGUGGGCGUCGACAACCCAAUCAACACAUGCAAAGAUGGUGAUCCAACGCUUUGUGUAAACGCCUGUAAUGGAAGGGGGGAUUGUAAGGGAGGCUUUUGUCACUGCAAGCCGGGAUUCUUUGGGGUCGAUUGCGCACUGUCAUACAAUAAGCAAGGCGAGGCCGAGGUCUUGGCGGGUAUGGACUAUCGUUUGAACAAGCGCGGACCCAAGAUAUACGUGUAUGAAAUACCUCCAGACUUCCAUGUCAAACGUGACAUCCACAAGGUUGAUCGGCCCCCCCUGCACAUGGCGCUAAUGGAACGCAUUUUGUCGGGAGGCCAUCGGACGGCAGACCCUGAAAAGGCCGACUUCUUUUACAUCCCCGCCAGUGCACGUGACUUAAAACGGGCCUUCCUACUAGAACCGCUGCUGAACUACAUCAUCGAAGCGUGGCCAAUCUGGAACCAGACAGGCGGGGCACGGCAUAUCAUGCCAGCGGAAGGCGAUGUGGGCACGUGUGAGCUGCCCAUGAAGAUCCGUAACAUGACUGCGAACGUCACUUGGCUGCAGUUCUGGGGCAUGUACGACUUCCACCCGCACUGGACUCAGAUCUUCCACAAUCGCGUGCCAUGCAUGGUGCCAGGCAGGGACAUCGUGGUGCCGUUUAUGGCCAUGUCCAGUCAUGACCGGUUUGUCAUUGAGACGCCGCUGCACCCUCGCAACCAAAAGCGCAACCGGACAAACACGUUCUUCUUCGCGGGCGGGAUCUGCGGCAGCGGCAACAAACGAGCGCUGCCGCCGCAUUGCACGUACUACAAACAAGUGCGGUACAGCGGCGGAGUGCGGCAAGCGGUCUACUACCACUACCAUAAGCGGCCGGGGUGGCGUGUGGUGCCUGGGACGGAUGACUACGCGCGGGACUAUGCGUCAAGCAUUUUCUGUCUAGCGGCUGCCGGAGGUGGCUGGGGCAAGCGCGGUAUCGUAGCCACUAUGUAUGGCUGCAUACCUGUGGCAGCUACAGACAUGCUGUACGAGGCGUUUGAGCCGGAAAUGGAUUGGAACAGGUUUGGGGUGCGCGUCUCGCAAGCUCAGAUCCCGCAGCUCGGGGACAUGCUGGAGGCUUUCACACCGGAACAGAUACGGCAGAUGCAGAUCCGCACCGCCUGCGCGGCGCAGCACCUGCAUUGGAGUACCAACCUGGGGGGCAUCAUGGGCGAGACCGGCGAAUUUGACGCUUUCAACACUAUCAUGGCCAUUCUGCGCAUGCGCCGUAAGCGGCCCGACCUGCUACCACAGCAGUACUACGAAGAAGACGAAGAGUUCCGAAACUUCAUUGAUUGCAAGCCAUUCCGACCCACGGCGCAGCACAUACCCCUCUGCACCAUGUACACGGGCCCCGGGAUGGAGCUUCGUGGCUUUGAGGACUCCUGCCCCGCAGCCGUGUACUACUUUCGUCGGAAGUUGGGCCCGCCUGGGGGUGCAAUCUGCGCCUUGUCCCAAGACACGGCUUCCUGUCCACUUUUUGAUUAGCUUACAGCAAAGCGGUAGCGCAGGACAGCGCAGCAACGGUCGUUGGUGUUGAAACGCAGCUAUGCUUGUUCUGCUUGCUGCCGCUGGCUGCACUUGAGGCUGUGCAGUUUAGCAGGGGCGAGCCGGAACAUUGACCACGCAUGGGCCGGACUAGUAAAGCAGUGAAGCAUCGGGACGCAAGACUUCCGUGGCCACUGCGCCGGCUCACCGGGCCGAGCAGCCAGGGAAGAGGAUUGCUCAAUAGCCAGUUGGCAAAGGAAGGCGGCCGCGUACAAAAGACCGGGAGAAAGGGUCACGUGAGAAGGGUCGAUAUAAGGGGUCGAGAGUGGGUGAAUUGUCAUGAGGCAGCGCGCUGGCCUAAGCGCAGCCCAGAAAUUGUAGGCCUGUAAGUUCAGCAGUUUUAUACAGCCGCAGGGUAGGUCAUUCAGUUUUAUGGCCAAUACAGCAUCUCGGUGUGUUUUGGAGCUGGGAGAGGUGUACAGCUAUCGGAGCAAAGGAGCAACAGCCAGCACCAGCAGCAGCAGGGGGAUUGUACAGGCUAUCGCCUAGGGCAGCCGAUUAUUAUCAAUGUUGGGAGCGUGAGCAGCAGAGGCUGGUACAGAGGGGUGUGGCGCUGCGCCAGGGGUCGCUGCCGCC